AGAUAAUGGGAAUCAAUCGAUCUCUCUGUCACUCACAGACCUGCUCCCAUAUGAAGUCUAUUCACCUCUGUUCAAAGGAAUAUUCAGACGUGAAAUUCCCCCUCACCUAACAUUAAUGUUGAUGUCAGGAGCCAUUUGAUGAGAUAACUCAUGCACUACACAGGCAGCGAAAUCAGGGUCUUGACAGGUGCUCUGCUGAGGUGUUCAAGUUCUGUUUAUUUUGUGGGGGAAGCAGAGGGGCAGAGUCACUGCCCUUGGGGUGCUGUCAUGACAAAGGCACCCGCUUGUCCCACUCCCCCAGGCACAUCAUGGCCAAGGAGGGUGGAAGCAACCCUGCUCCCAGAGCCGGCCUCCCGCCCCAGGGCCACAGGCCGCCAUGCUCCUCACCGAAGCCCACUGAGGGAAAAGCUGCAGGCAGCCGUGAGGGGACGUGGGGCAAGGCAAGGCGGCGGGGCCCAGGGGAGAAGCUACCGGUGCCCUCUCUUGGUUAUGACCUGAGCCCCCCCAAAGGACCUCACUCAGACUCAGGGCACAGGCUGCCAACAGGCUGUGGGGUUUUUGGGGGGACAGGCAGGGCCGGUGGGGUGCAGGGGCCCUUACCUCCACCUCGUGAUAUAAGUGAACCACAGCCAUGAAGAAAAUCAGUGUGGUGAAUCUUGAUAAACUUUUAGACAACUUCUCAGAGAUAGAAAAGAAAAUAUCAGAAAUUAGUGAAGCAAACAAUCUACUGGUUCUUCAGCUGGAAAAAUCUAACAGGUUGUUAUCAUUAAGCCAAUCAAAGGAGGAAUCAGUAAAAGAAGAAUGCACUGCCCUACAGAAUGUGAUCAAGGGUCUAACACAAACUCUUGAAAAUCACUGCAACGUGAAAGAUGAAAACGGUAGACUGAAGGAAAACAUUCACAUUUUGGAAGAGAAAUUAAAGGCUUGUGAACAGGAAUAUAAAGAUCAGAUUGAGAAACUUAUGAUAGAAAUUCAAAACAAAGAAGAAGCCCACAAAUUAGAAAUAACACGGUUGAACUGCAACAUAAGAAAAAAAUCUGAAGCACAAGAGGUGGAGUUUAGAGAACAAAUAGAGAAAAAAGAACAGGAAAUACUAGAGCUAACUAGGCAGCUGAAAACUCAAGAUGAAGAGAAGCAAAAUGAAAUAAUUAAACUGCAGAUAGAGUUCAAUGCUAAAUUGGCAAGAGUCCAGAACAAAACAACAAAGUCAUUUUCAGAUGCUUCUGUCUUGCCACAAAGUAUCUAUCGAAGGAAGUUGCAGCAUCUCCAGGAGGAGAAAAACAAGGAAAUUGAAGUUCUCCGAAACACCAUAAGAGACUUAGAGCAACGUCUUAAUAAAGGCCAGGACUUGCACUUCAAACGGAGGCGGUUUUGAGUAAAUAGUAUGAG